AACCUCAGGUUUUCAGACAAAAAACAACAACAUAGUUCGAAGACUCGAAAGCCUAGGCCUCGUUGAUCGAGCGACAGCAACAAAAAUGCGAACAUACAAAGCUGUAUGUCCGAAGAUAUAUGGCCAACCCAAGGCACACAAACCAGAACUACCCUUACGGCCGGUUGUACCAUGCAUGACAUCACCAACUUAUGACCUGUCGAAAUAUGUGGCAAACAUUCUCCAAAAGUCUGUUCAUAGCAAAUACAACAUACGGAACUCUUACGAGUUCUGCCAAUACAUCAACAACAUCAAUCUCCCUAACGAUCAUGUUCUCGUUUCAUUUGAUGUUGUUUCACUUUUCACGUCCAUUCCAAAGGAACUGGUGAGAAAGAGCAUCUUCACGCAUUGGGCCAAGAUUGAAACAAAUACCUCCAUAUGUUUGGAUUUGUUCUGGGAAAUAACGGAGUUUUGCAUUGAUUGUAGUUAUUUCGCUUUCCAAGGAGGCUACUACAAACAAAAGUUUGGUACAGCUAUAGGCAACCCACUAUCACCCAUCAUUGCCGAUAUGGUACUCGAAGACCUCCUCAACGAAGCAUUAACUGUCGUGAACAUACCCAUCCCCUAUCUUAAAAAGUACGUGGAUGAUUUGUUCCUAUCCUUGCCACGCGAUAAAAUUGAAGCAAUAAAAACAACAUUCAACAGUUUAAAUCACCAUAUCCAGUUUACCACAGAAGUGGAAGAAAACAAGCGCCUUCCUUUCUUGGAUAUGGUACUAGUAAGGAAAGACGAUCAAACAAUUAAAACUGAAUGGUACACAAAACCAAUAGCAUCGGGUAGAUUUUUGAACUACUAUUCAUGUCAUCCAAUGCACCAGAAGAUGAAUGUAGCCAUAAACUUUGCCCAAAGAGUGUAUCGUCUUUCCACGAAUUGGAACUCGGCGAAAAUCAACAAUGUCAUCUUUCGGCACCUCAGACUAAACGACUAUCCAAAAACUCUAAUAAAUCGAAUCAUCAAUCACGUAUGCAGCAAACCAGCAGCCGAUACAGCUAUGGAAGUGAACAGAAAAACUGUCGAAACGGACUUUUACUGCUCACUCACCAACGUCGAUGGACUCACACAUAGAUUAACUAAAACAUUGCGAAAAGAAUUCCCUCGAACAAAAAUAGCCAACAAAAACACUAAAACCGUUGGUGCACUUCUACCACCGGUUAAAGACAUAACACCAAAAGAGGAACUGAGCAACAUAAUAUAUAAAAUAGCCUGUGAGGAAUGCCCCGGCUCAUAUGUUGGUAUGACGAGUACAAAACUAAAAAACCGACUCAGCGGACACCGUUCAAACAUAAAAAAACUAAACACUCUGCGAGAUGCCGGGUAUACUAACAACGACACAGCAAUAGCUUGUAUUAGAGAGAAGACAGCAUUGGUUGACCACGCAGCUGCCACGGGACAUACCUUCAGGCUAGAUAGUCCAGUAAUAAUUGAUCGCACAUUCAAAACAGCAAAUUUGCCUGUAAUUGAAAGUUGCCAUAUAAAAAACACCCAUCAUGCAGUCAACAAGAGGACAGACACGGACAAUUUACAUACAGCAUAUGGUGGUAUACUACACAUGAUACACACGAGAAAGACGAAGAGAGAACCAAAACAAACCAGACACACAAACACUAGUCUUGCUGCCGAGAGAGAGAGAGCGAGGGAUUGAGAGAAGUAACCUAAGGUAAUCACGCACAGGGUAUCAUCACACACACACACCAUCAUGUAGCAAAACACAACACACUCAAAAAGAAUUGACAUUUACAAAAGUUAGCAGUUAGCUGAAAGAUAUUAACUGAACCGAAUUCAGAGGAAAAGACGAGCAUUUCGAUCCCGAUAAAACUUUACACGAUCGGAACAGAUGAUCGUAAGUACACGGAGAGAAUUCGUUCUGGCGAAAAUAAGAAUUAUAUGGUGAUUAUCUUUUAUUUGAACAGCUGAAAAACCAUAUGACAAUCCAUUGUUGUACAACAACAGAUCUGACAACAAAACAACAAUUAUCGAAUCCUUGAAAAAGGUCCCAAACGGACCGAAACGUCGGAUGAAGACAAAAUAGUUUGUUUUUGCUUAAAAAUUAGACUGCAAAGCCAUACACCUAACCCAUACCCCGAUAUUCAAAAUCGGUUUAGUUUUGCCCCUAAAACACCAGUAAAGCAAUAUUCUGUAUGACACAAUCUCAUUUUUAAUUAGUGGAAAUUGGUAAGCGAGGACUAAAAAUACAAAAUGUCUAAUAUCUUCGCCGCUCGUGCACGGAUUUAGACAAUCUGUAGCUUGUUAGAAAGGCAUUUUUACAAGCUUUCUAUUUAUGUGCAGUUUGUGGGACAAUAUCGUAUUCUUCGAAAGUUAUUUGCAAAAAACCUGCUGUGUUUUGACAAAAUCGCCCAUAUCUCAGAAAGUAAACAACAUAUCGAAAAUCAAAAAUAAUAGUGUCAAAUGGCAACGUUAGGCCUUUCAUUUGAAACUAAUUUCAUUAAGAUCGGUUCAACCUUUACUGAGAUAAUUACAUGACAUUUUGUACAUACAUACAUACAUACACACAUACACACACAUACAGACAUUGUCUCAAUUUGUCGAGCUGAGUCGAUUGGUAUAUGAGACUCAGCCCUCCGGGCCUCGGAAAAAGUUUUCAAAAUUUGAGCGAAUCCUAUACAUUUCUUUUGUAAGAAAUGUGAAAAGCUAAAAACAACAAAAUCAACCACCUAAACAAAUGUCAAUUGUCAAAAACCGAUUUAAUCCACCUAGCAGUGAGAUGCGACAUUUCUUACACAUUUCACUAUUGGAUUAGUUUGCAGAACUCACGAGAAGUAGGCACCCAAUUAGAGGUGGGAUGAAAACAGUUUCUAGUCUUGCACGAAUAAAAUCUCGAAUAAACUGAAUAAAUUAUAGAAAUCAACAAAACGACCGAAAUAAAAAAGUAAAGCAAAAAAUGAAACAACAGGUUUCUAAAUUCAUAAAAUGAGUAGAAAAAUUAAUGAAAAUCAUUAUAAUUUUCAUCCAA